AACAAAAACACGAAUGGCGUUGGACCCCCCGCGAAGCGCAUUGGCAGUCAUGAGCCGAGCAAUGUUUUGCGACGCCGACCAGCCAUUGCCUCUCUGUAAAGCACGAAAGCCGCCAUAUUUGUCGAGGUUUUAAGAUAAUAGGCAAUGUAAGGAAAGAUGUUUUUUGAUACGAAGAAUGACAUUUUCUGUCGCGUAGAAUUUCAACGCCGGUGCUCUUUCGUCUGCUAAAGAGCAAAAAUAAAGGUUUUAAGCGGUGUGUAAUUAGUUAUGUCUGCAGUGAUGGAUCAUGAUUAUGGACAGCAGCUUGCGGAACCGGUUCACUUCCAGCAGUUAGAGCAUGCCCUCAGAUUAGAACCACUUCUCUCUUACGUGGAAAACCUGGUCAAAGAACCAGUCAGCAAUGAUGAUAGCACGGAUAGCGAGUUUGAUUUUCUUCAGCCUUGUUUACGCGAUGAUGAUGACAAUAAAAUUCUGAAUGGAAUAACAAUCACAAAAGCAGAGAGAAAAGCUGACAAGACAAGGCUAUAUAAUUUUAGUAAAGCAAAGAAAGGAAGGAAAUGGCUCAAGAAUAUUCUAUUGAGUGACAGCUCAUCAGACGAGGAUGAAGAUAAACCUAUCACAGAGGAAGAUUUACAGUACAUGCUGAAAAUCCACAAAUACCAGAGGAAGCAUCAGAUGCGCUUCUACCAAGAUCCAGAGCUACACCAGUAUCAGUACUACAGUACAGGACUACUGUCAAACUACGAUAAAUAUCAUGAACACCAGAAAGCAGUCCUAGGACCCAAGAAAAAGAUUUCUAAAGACCACAAAAAGAAGGAAAAGAGAAUCAAAGAUAAAUUAAAAGAAAUGAAAAAGAAGAAACACCAUCAGAAUGGGGACGAUGAUGGGGAGAUGGAAGAAAUUGACCCCUCUAUUGUGGAGGCCUACUUAGCUCACAAGAAAAACCAGGCAGCUAAGGCAGGGAAAGGCAAGAAGCUGACUCCAGAGCAAGCCGAUGUCAAAAGGAAAAGACUCUGGAUCUCAAUAGCCAAAAAGGAAAUCCCUAAAGCACAGAAACAGAAAGUUUCAGCAAGAAAGGAAGUACUGCAGUCCUUGAAAAAGAUGUCCCAGCAGAGCAUGAGGGAGUGUAGAAAGGCAGCCAUCUAUUCUCAAAAAAUGAGCAAGGACUGUACAGCCCGGGCGAAGAGGCUGAGUCGUGAAAUGGUCAGUUACUGGAAACGCUUUGAGAAAGUAGAAAAGGACAUCCGUAAAAAGGCAGAGAAAGAGGCACAGGAACAGCGCAAAAUGGACCUGGAGUUACGAGAGGCCAAAAGACAGCAGAGGAAGUUGAAUUUCCUGAUCACACAAACAGAGUUGUAUGCUCAUUUCAUGGCCAGAAAACUGACGGGGGAAUCAGAGUCGGUGAAGAAUGACAUCCUGGGGAAGUUAGAGGAGGAUAAAUCUCAGAAUCAGCUGGAGGUGGAGGGGCGGGUACUGGUCGACGUCGCGGUGGACGACUACGACAGUGAACGAAUGAAGUCAUUGGCUCUGAAGAAUGCCCAGGAAGCCUAUGACAAACACCAAACAAAGACACAACAGUUUGAUGAGUACGGAUUAAAUCUGGCCAACCCCUCAAUAAGCACGGAUGCUGAGAGACCCCAGCCCAGUAUGUUUGAAGGAACGCUGAAGGCUUACCAACUUAAGGGAAUGAAUUGGCUGGCCAAUCUGUAUGACCAGGGAAUUAACGGGAUCCUGGCUGAUGAGAUGGGUUUGGGUAAAACAGUCCAGAGCAUGGCAUUCCUGGCUCACCUAGCAGAGGCUCAGGGGAUCUGGGGGCCUUUUCUUGUCAUCGCUCCAGCGUCAACACUACACAACUGGCAGCAGGAGUGUGCUAGAUUUGUCCCAAGAUUCAAGAUCGUGCCUUACUGGGGUAACACCCAGGACCGGCGGAUUCUGAGGAAGUUCUGGGAUCAGAAGUGUCUACACACAGAAGAGGCUUCCUUUCAUGUGGUCAUCACCAGCUACCAGCUGGUCAUCCAGGACGUCAAGUACUUCCAGAGGAUCAAGUGGCAGUACAUGAUACUGGACGAAGCACAGGCCAUCAAAAGCAGCAGCAGUGUUCGAUGGAAAAUUCUUCUUGGAUUUAACUGUCGAAACAGAUUGCUACUUACUGGUACUCCCAUUCAAAACAGCAUGGCUGAGCUGUGGGCUUUGCUUCAUUUUAUUAUGCCCACUAUGUUUGACUCUCAUGAUGAAUUCAACGAAUGGUUUUCUAAAGACAUCGAAAGUCAUGCAGAAAAACAGUCAGGAAUUGAUGAAAACCAGUUGAGUCGACUUCACAUGAUCCUAAAGCCUUUCAUGUUACGGAGAGUGAAGAAAGAUGUGGAGAACGAGCUCUCUGACAAAAUUGAGAUUUUGGUGUACUGCCCACUUACCACGAGACAGAAGAUGCUGUAUCAGGCCGUGAAGAACAAGAUCUCAAUAGAAGACAUAUUACAGGGGACGUCCGGGAACACAACACAGUCCCAGAGUUCUACCUCCAGCCUCAUGAAUCUAGUCAUGCAGUUCAGAAAGGUUUGCAACCAUUCAGAACUCUUUGAAAGGCGGGAGAUAAAGUCACCAUUUUUUAUGAGGACUGAAGCAUAUCAUAUGCCAAAACUAAUUUAUCAGGAAGGUCUCUAUGAAACCAUGACACAAAGUUUUCAGAGGAUCUUGUUCAGUAUGUUCUACAUUUUCUCUCCUGAAAAUGUCCAUUCAUCUAUUUUCUCAGAUGAGUCAUCGUAUCGAUGUUUCUCCUUCACCAGAUUCGUAAAAUUGUCUCCCAAGGAGAUGUUAGACUACAUGUUUGGUGGACUUCUGGUCAGGUGGUUGGGAGUUUUCCUCUUAAGAAAGAUAGAAGAAAAAAUUCGCCAUUCACACACUUGGAGUAAAGUUCCCAAAAGUCAGUUUUUAAGGAAUGACAGUUUGCUGUUGACCCCACUUAGAACAACGUCUUUCAGUAAUUUGUCAGAGAGUAGAAACCUCCGACAUCUGGUGUUCACCAGCCCUACCUCCACAUUCUAUGGAUUUAAUUCGUGCACUCUACACUACAUGAAAGAGACGACGUCUCAUCGCAGAAUCCGCAUGAGAAAUCACAAACCUCUCAAAAGCUCACCCUCCAGUCCUACUAAAGCUCAUCCUAACCCUGUACAGUCCCUAGAAGAUUUCCCUGUCCAUCGUCACAUUCCACGAGAAAGCCGAGUCCUUCAGUGCCAACCAACAGACCUACCAAAGUUUGUCUACUACACAAUUCCUAAGGUACAGGUGAAGCCCCAGCGGUUCUUCUGUUCAGACCGCGGUGCUGCAUGGCGGGUGAUGAAGGAGAACCUAUGUGGUACCCCCGACGGCCUGCUGAGUAUCUUGUAUGGCAGCCCAGAGGUGUACGAGCUUGUUAGGUGGUACAAUCCCUGGCAUUUCUUCUCCGCCCCGACAGGGGGAAUCAUGGGGUCAAGGCCAGUACACGGUUGUUCAGGCUGUUUUGUACCAGAUAAGGAGUCUCUGAUAUCAGAUGCAGGUAAACUGUCAGUGCUGGAUACUUUGUUGGCCAAGUUGAAGUCGGAGGGUCACAGAGUGUUGAUAUACUCCCAGAUGACUCGCAUGAUUGACUUGUUGGAGGAGUACAUGUGGCACAGAAAGCACACAUACAUGAGGUUAGAUGGAUCGUCCAAAAUCUCGGACAGACGUGACAUGGUGGCCGACUUCCAGUCACGGUCUGAUAUCUUUGUCUUCUUACUCAGCACCAGGGCAGGAGGACUGGGAAUCAACCUUACAGCAGCUGACACCGUGAUUUUCUAUGACAGUGAUUGGAAUCCUACAGUAGACCAGCAGGCCAUGGACCGAGCUCACAGACUUGGUCAAACCAAACAGGUGACCGUGUACAGACUGGUGUGUAAAGGGACCAUAGAGGAGAGGAUCCUAGAGAGAGCCAGGGAGAAGAGUGAGAUACAAAGGAUGGUGAUAAGUGGUGGGAAUUACAAAACAGACAUGCUUAAACCCAAAGAAGUUGUCUCUCUGCUGCUGGAUGAUGAAGAAAUCGAGAAAAAACUAAAGCAGGGACGACAAGACGGAGAAGGAGGGAAGGAUAAAGAAAGGAAGAGGAAAAGAGAGUACAAGAAAAGAGAGGGAAAGAAGGCCAAGGGAGAUGAUGUAAAUGUGACGUACCAGGCUGACAGCGAAUCUGUAUACAGCAUGGACUCUGUCCCCGCCAGCCCCCUUAGUGUCAUGUCUGUGGGAAGUGAGGCCACUAAUCAGACUGGUAUAGAUGACAGCAGUAACGAUGCUCUGGUUAUUGUGGACGACGCCCACUCAGGCUUCCCCCCAGUGACCCCGACUGGUAAGAGAGGUUCAGGAAAGAGGGGACGACCUAAAGGCUCCACCGGGGUCCCACGAAGACCCAGGGGGCGGGGCAGUAUCAGAAAAUCUCUGAGUGCCGCAGAACUGGCAGGCGCCCAGGCAGGAAUGACAGCAGCCUACGCUGCUUAUGGAUAUAACAUAGCAGGUACUUCGCCUGCUGCUAAAAAGUCAACAUCGAGAGAAUCACCGAAAUCCGAAUCCCCAAGUCAACAGAAACCUUGAGAAUUGUUGGUCAGUAGUGACAUUACUGACAUUAUGGAUCAACUUAUUUCACAACACCCUGUGUACUACAGACAAUGAGGAAAUAGCUGGCUUUAUUUCCAAUUGUUCACCUCUGUGCUACACGUUUUUGAUUCAAAUAAAUCUGAGGUUAUUACUUA